UCAUAUCUCCAUUCACGAAGACGGAACGCCACGAGCGGGUGCAAGAGCCGACUUGCUCCUUUUCCCCAUCUUUCUUCUUGCUUCUUCCUUUUGUUUCUUUCUAAGUGGCAACGUGUUUUGAGGUACCGCAGGAUGUCCCAAACACCGAGGAACCCAGGAGCUGUUCCUUUGCUCGCAGGAGGACAGACGGUGGCGGCGUCAUCCUCUGCGGCCGCAGCACCUUCGGCAGCCACACAGGGUACUUCUAGUCGGCCAACGCUGCCAGCGGGCUCAGUAGCGGCUCGACACGUUCCGGUACCGGCGGCUGCCGGCACCGCUCAACCACAAGGAGUUAGACCACCUCCCGCACCAGCAGCAGCUGUCCGCGCGGCGCCGACUGCCCCGCCUCCCGCUACUUCGGCGGCCGCCCAACCCCCCACCGUGGUGGCUCAGCCAACCUCCGGAUCCUCUACCGCGCCAAUAGUGGCGUCGGGCGGCUCGCAGGAUGUCCAGAGUCAGUUGGCUGACCUGCAGAAACAACUUCGAGACUUGAAGGACAGGCCGUCUUCCACAGCAGGGCUCCUAAAAGAGAUUUCCCUGUAUUGCUCGUUUCACAGGCGCUCCCUGUUCAUUGCUGACCAUGCAAUGGCGCUCAUUGAUAACCUCGUAUCUGUAGCGAGAAGGGAAGGUCACGAUAAGGCUGACGAAUUUGAGUCUUUGGCCGAGGAGGUGGUCGCGUACAAGCACAAUCCCGACCUUUUCUGCAGUUUGGCCGCCAAGUGUUUUGGCUCAUCGACAAAAGUGCAAGCGGCGUCAAAAGUACAAGCAGGUGUUAAGUCGUAUUAUGCUGCUAACCCUGCCUUUGCCUCUUCCUCCUCUGCCACAAGAGAGCGUCACCCUUACCCUAGAAAGCCCGAGUUCAGGAAUGUGAAGGGAAGCUGGUCCAAAUUGAGCAGGGACCAGUGCGCCAGGUGUUACCGGAAGGGGCACUGGGCUCGAGAUUGUCCCGGCUUCCCUAAACCGCAGAAGUAACUUAGGUGGAAACUGCGCUAGUGAAUAUACUGGAACCCGGAGGCGUUUGGACUGGAUAUUCGACCUAACGAUUAAAGCUAUUUAUUUGUAUGAUGUAUUUGCAAGUUGAAAAAAGAAAAAAAAAAAGGAAUAUAUGUGUUUGUAAUAAAGAUUGUUGUUGAUUACGCUCGCUUUCUUUUCAUGUGUAAAACGAUUGUUUGUAUAUUUUGCUGAAUCUCGAUCACGAUGACGAUGACGUGAAGCCAUUCUAAGUAAACGUUCUCUCUUUCGAGACACUUAUUCUUGGUGUACAAUGUGUGCACAGAAGUUUCCUGAUUGAGAUUUCCAAUGUGUUUGUGUGUUCUUGGCAUUAAAAAAACUUUGAAGUGAACU